UCUUAUCGCAUUUCGUUGUAACGGCUGUUGGACCGCGAGUUUGGUGAAUACGGAUUGAAUAAAAUACGUCACAUGCUAAAUGGAGAUCAUUUAAAAUUGCAUUGAGGCUGAACGAAAAUUCGUGACCUUGUGUUACUACAAUUACUAUUGUGAUUCGUUGUUACGCCCGGCACUUGUUUACAUCUUACGUUGAGUUUGAUUUCAUUAGUUUUUGUAUCGGUAUGGUGUGGUUUUGUUUCAUGAAAUUGGAAAACAAAGCGUCCGAAUUCGGUUAGAGUGCUUCGAAGGUUCUGCGGUCCGAGUUUAGAGCUGAUAUGACCUUGUGUUUAAGUAAGGAACCUACCCACGCUGUAGUAUAUUAAAUACUCCUACACAACGCUGAUGGUCGGAACUGCGCCGCGGCACUUUAGAGCAUGAGAAUAAAAGUAGACAAAUAACGUUCUUAAAGUACUAGUUCCUCUUGUGUUAAUCAUAGUUUCUCAAGUUACAAUCAGUUAAGUGUUACAAAUAGUUGUGAAGUUAAUUUGGUGCUAAAUGUGCAAGUUUUUGUGUUACAUCUGUUGUGAUUUGUCAACAAUCAAGGCUAACACCAAACGCCGGUAGCACCUGCUCUGACCAGUUUUAGAACAAGUGGUGACCUCAAAUCGAAAACCAAAAUGGAUUCCACCAAGCAGCCAUCAACAUAAAAGCCAAAGGCCACACAGGGAGUGGGAGGGGUUUAAGAAUCUGUCAAGAUAAAGAAAUCAGCCACCCUGUUGUGCUACAAAGCGAGGAUGGACGAAAAUGACGUCAUCAUAUCCUCCACAGAAAUUAUUAAAGACAGAUUAUACUUCGCGACGCUCAAAACGGGAUACAAGCCGAAACCAACGCGCAACAGCAAAUACUUCCACAUCGAGGAUGACAUCGUGUACGAAAACUUCUACUUCGACUUUGGACCUUAUCACCUGUGCCAUUUGUAUCAAUUUUGCAAUAAGCUCAACGAGGAGUUGGAGAGGAAUCCGAAGAAGAAGAUCGUAUUUUACACCAGUAACAAUGAGACGCUUAGACUCAACGCGGCAUACCUUAUUGGAAGCUAUCAGAUAAUAUACCUGGGCGGGUCCCCGGCGGCGGUAUACAAGCAGCUGACAGAAGGCUCGUGGUCGCUGCUGAGCUUCCGAGACGCGUCGGGCGGGCCCCCGCUGUUCGAUAUAUCCCUCUUGGACGUGCUGCACGGCAUCAAGGUCGCUCACGAUGCCAAGUUCUUCGACUUCGACCACUUUGAUGCGGAGGAGUACUUGUUCUACGAAAAAGUGGAAAACGGUGAUUUGAACUGGAUCAUUCCCGGUAAAAUGCUGGCAUUUUCGGGACCCCACCACCGGUCAAGACUCGACCGAGGAUACCCGCUGCAUAGCCCAGAGCAUUAUCAUGAAUACUUUAGGAAACACCAUGUGACCACCAUAGUGCGGCUCAACAAGAAGUCAUAUGACGCCAAGCAGUUCACAAUGCAUGGGUUUGAACACAGGGAGCUGUUCUUUGUGGACGGUUCAGUGCCUUCGGACGUGAUCGUCAAUCGAUUCAUUCGCAUCGCUGAAGCUGCGAAGGGCGCCGUGGCUGUGCAUUGUAAAGCGGGCUUGGGUAGAACCGGUACUCUGAUAGCAUGCUACAUGAUGAAGCACCACGGGUUUACAGCGCGGGAAGCUAUCGCUUGGUUGCGAGUGUGCCGACCUGGCUCUGUCAUAGGACAUCAACAGUGGUUCCUUGAGACUAACCAGCCUCGUAUGCAUGCACUUGGCGAGGCGUACCGGCGUCGCUUCAACAUAACCUCGUUUCCCGUCUUCACUCGGGGUAUAUACAGCGACCUGCCUCCGGAGCCACUCGCACUCAACACCAAGGAGACAGAAGACAGUAACAAGCCCGUAUCCCUGCAGACCAUACUCAACAGUAGCAAGAAUGCUAAUAAGUUGGACAACGCAAACGUCCUAAAUGCCAACGAAACUGACGCAGAAAACAACGUCACAUCAGUCAUCGGCAAAUACAAGACGACUCCCACGCCGAUGCUGCCAACUAAAACGGUGUUCACGCCAAAAAUAAAUUACAUGAUGCCAACCAAUAACAUCAGGAACGCGAAUAAUACUAAUCUGAAGCCUCAGCCGAGGAUGAUGAACGCUGCGUUAAAGUCUCACUACGCGGCUAAGACUUCGACGUUCCCGCCAACUCGCAGUGCCAACUCCCAAGCCAAGCUCGCAGCGGCCAAGGCGCCUUUUACAGGUAAGAACAGCUUUCACGGCCAACGCGCCAACCUUGCGCGGCCAACGCUCGCCUAUUCCCAUGGCAGCAGCCCAAUAAAAACGUUCACCAGGAAAGCCAACGCCGUAUCGAAGAUACCCAGCGACACCAGCGUAGUCACCACGCUCACCAAUGUCACAUCAACCCUAUCAGCUCUCACAGAAAACUGCCAUUUGAACGGCAAAAACCGACUACCCUCCGAACCUAACCUCAAAGCAGUCACUCAAACAAAAGCAACAGCCACCAACGUAAAUUCUCGAAAGAAACUAAUCGUUCGGUCGAACUCGAGUUCUCGCAAGAAACUGCCGAAAAGCCUUCCCAAAAGCGGCCUGGAAUCAUCCCAAGAUUUAUCCUCCAGUGAUACGAAUAUCACAAAUAUAUCCGCAGAUUCACUUGAAACACCGUUCCGGUUUAGGCGAAAACGGGACAAAUCUAAAACUCCCGAGCCGAUGGACUGUAUAUCGAACUCUGUAAUCACAGCCGAUGUCACCCCGGAUAAUUUCGAGGAGACUAGUAACUCGCAGGGGAAUAAGCUAUAUAAAAUUAAGGCGUUAAGAAAAAAAUGCCCGGCGUUCGGGGUCGGGCUAUUGAAAAAAGACGGCGUCCAAACUCGGUCGAGUAGUUGUGCGAGCAGCUCGACCGUCAAGAAGAAAUGAUCUCCGACAAAACAAGAGAUUAGGCAACUGUUCGCGCGUUAUAGAGUUUUUAAUAGAUGUUUAGCGUGCAUAGCACACGUUGUAUAGAUGGUUGAUGGAUUUGUUUAGGUGCUAAACUAAUGUCUUUCGACUGACUCGAUUUACACUAAACUCAUAUCAAACGCUGGUACAGUAUUACCACUUUUAUAAGUUGCGCCGAUGUACUUGCGCAGGAACCAAAAUAAAAUUUAUGGCGCAUAAGAUAAUGGCGCGAAAAUAUCUCAGCUGAUUAUAGCGCGCAUUCGUCCGCUAUUGGUUCGCCUACGCGCCAUGUUUUUUUACGCAAAUUAUGAGCGAAAUUGCGUUUUUCUGUUUAAAAUCCUAACGUCAAGCAAUAAGGUCAGUAUUUCAUUGGUGUAUAUUCAAUGAUGCAACUUAUAAAAGUGGUAUGGUAUUUCUGUAACAUUAUAGUCUGUAUAAAUUGGAUGUCUAAACAAAUUGAUCAACUUUUGUGAUAAGUGUAUAGGUGUUUUUUCUUAGACCCCAUGAUGAGCCUAAUUGUUUAUAACAAUUGUAACAUUGUUUAAAUGUUAUAAUAUGUGGUCGAUUAGUAAAAGGAAAAUCCUUCAAAGUGAAAUUCUGUUGUCACAAUUAGAAUAUUCUAUCGAUCGUAAUAGUACAGUUAGAGAAAAAAGUGUUUGAAUAUUAUUUUAUUUAAAAGAAUGAGACCACCUUUAGUGUCCUAAGAAAAAUAUUUUUGUAAUUUUUAAAUUACUAUUUAACUAUUAAAUGCCAUUUUAGUUUAGCUUUUAUUGAGCUUCCUGUUGUUUAAUUUUUAUAUUGAUUUAUAAGUUUCCAUUUUAUUAUAGAAAUAUAGAUCAACUAUAAAGUUGUACAAUAUAAUAUUUUGUUUGCGAUACCGAUGUAUAGGUAAAAUUAUGUCUAUAUUACAAAAGUUGCUAAGAUUUUAAAUGUUUACUUCUUUUUAUUGCUUUAUUGACAUUUUAUUAUAAAAAGUAUAAAUUAUUUUGAAUAAAUGACAUUUAAAGUUACUUCUGUUUAUAUGUUUUACGCAAAAUUACAGAAUUCAAUUCUUUAUUACUUAUUACAUUAUAUUUUAUCGCAGAAAAAUUAUGCAAUAUUUAGAAUAUCAAAUGUUUUGUUCAUACAAAAUUUCUAAUUUAAUACUUUUAGUAUGGUCAAAAUAUUCUAAAAUAUCUAUUGUCACAAAAAAUACUAGUGUUUUUAUGUGAUAAGGAAAAAAUGCAAUUUAGUCUAUUUAUGAUUAUUUUAAUUGUUGUAUUCUUGCGACAUGAGAUUUCUAUAAUAUUAUAGUUGCACUGUGAAACUACAGUUGAGGUGAUAUUUGUUAGUUUUUGAGAUAUAUCUCUUUUUUUUUUAUUAUAAAUAUAUAGAUAUAAAGUCUUAUUAUUUAAGUCUAUAUUUUAGUAAGGAUCAUAGCACACACAAGAGCGAGACAAAGACCACCUACAUUUUUUCGAUAUUAGUUUUUCCCUCGACUGUAGAAAUUACUUUAAACGUUUUAUUUUGUAGACAUGUUGAAUAAAGUUGAUCGUAUACUACAACACGAUCCGCAAGGCACAUUUUUCAGUAUUAUAAUGUCUUUAGCACCAUAUUGGAACAAAGAAAGCAGACUUGACUUAUAUCAUUCGCAUGUUCAGUAAUCCUAUAGCGUACUUUCACUAUUCAGACUUUAUUUAGAGUUAAAACGAGACAGAUUGUUGUGCCAGACAUCAUUCUCGCUUUAACUCUAAGUAAAGUCUAAGCAAAGACAAAGUAAGCUUUAUAGAUACCUUACCUUAGAGUUAAAACGAUAUUUUGUUAUGUAUUGGCAAAGUCAAAGAACACUAGAUCUCGGGUUAAAUACUGAAAAAUGCGUUGCAUAAGAUUUUUGUGGCGGUAUGCGAUCAUCAUAAAACACGAAUUUAUAGCAUCAUAUCAAUUUGUAUUGUACACUCAGUGAUUCCAACUUGCCUCAACUAAUUAUUGUGUACAUAGUAUGAAAUUUUAGACUCUGCUAAUUGUUGUGAAGACUGUUGUCUAUGCCAUUUUUAUUGUAAUAUUGUAUAAUCGUUGUUUACGCGACUGUACUUGCAAUUUUAUUUUAAGACCCCGUUAAUACGGCUCUUGUAGCGCACGUUUUCACACUAAUAUUGUAAAGGCAAGUUUGUGUGUAUGUGUGUGUGUGUAUGUUUGUUACUCCUUCACGCAAAAGCUACUUAACGGAUUUGGCUGGAAAUGGAGCAUGAUUAUACCCUGGAUUCGCACAAAGGCUACUUUUUAUCCCGGAAAAUCGAAGAGUUCCCACGGAUUUUUUUAAAAACCUCGAAGAAAUAAUUGGAGAGAGCAAAGGACUACUAUUCCUAAGGGUACCUCAUGUGAAGCUCGGAACACUGUUUAGGAUGAUAUUGGGACGAAUGAGUUGGCUAAACUUGAUAAGUCCAUGUCCGGGUGAGACUUGAAAAAUCGGGGACCUAACGUCUGUGCCGGCAAUUUAUUGCAAACUAGCUAAUGCCCGCGACUUCGUUCGCGUGGAUCUAGAUUUUUAUAGAUCCCGUGGGAACUGUUUAAUUUUCCGGGAUAAAAAGUUGCCUAUUUCGAUUACAGGGACGC